AUGGCACCUCGUUCAUUCAAGGCGCUGGUCAUCGCGGUCAGCGGAACAUUCCCAGGGUACAAGCAAGCUGAUCUGAAGGCGUUGAUCACCGACCAAGGAGCCUCCUUCAGUACCUCGGUAUCUGCCGAGUGCACUCAUCUGGUGACAAACGAGAAAGACGUCGAAAAGAACAGCAACAAAUAUCAAGCCGCUUGCAACUCCGACAAAUGUCACAUCGUGUCGCUUGACUGGUUGCUCGAGUCAGUCAAUAGCAAAAAGCCACUGACCGAGAAGAAAUAUACCCUGGGCCAGAAAGCCAGUUCUCAGCCAGCCCAAGCCGACUCCAAGAAGAAUGGCAAGGCAAAAAAUGGGGACGGCGCAAAGGCCGCUGUCGGGAAGACCAAGACUGUGAAAAACGAGCCAGAGGAGAGGAACGGCGACGCAGUCAAGACCACUGGCAAGAAGCGUGCUAUUAAGGAAGAGGACGAGAACGAUGAGGUUGACGACACGAGCAAGAAACAGAAAGACUCGCAAAAGGUCGGAUUCAAGUCUCUCAAUGUUCCAGUCGAGUUGGGGGCAAUCAAUGCUUUGCCUGACCCAACCGUCCUGAUCGAUGACUCCGGCGUUAUCUGGGACGCGACACUGAACCAAACCAACUCCACUAACAAUAACAACAAGUUCUACCGCCUCCAAUUGAUCGUUACGUGCAAAGGAAAAACCACGACACACUACACUUGGAGUCGAUGGGGUCGCGUUGGCGAGAAUGGUCAGUCAUCGCUGAUCAUUAGUAGCACUCUGAAGGACGCCUUGAGCCUGUUUGAGAAAAAGUUCAAAGACAAGUCCGGCCUCAAAUGGGAAAACAGACUCGAUACUCCCAAAGACGGAAAAUACACCUUCAUCGAGAAGAACUACGAAGAGGAAGACGACGAGCCCAAGGCGAAGAAUGGAAAAGCCAAAAAGGAGCCCAGCAAAGGCUCUCCGCCCGUGGAAAGCAAACUGACCCAGCCACUGCAAAACUUGAUGUCCUUCAUCUUCAACCAGGACCAUAUCACAAACGCUCUGCGGGCAAUGGAUUACGACGCGGAGAAGCUCCCGCUGGGCAAGCUGAGCGAACGGACUCUCAAGAACGGUUUCUCAAUUCUCAAGGAGCUCUCGGAGCUGAUGCUUGACCAUGAUUUGGCGGUUUCCAAGUAUGGCACCACUUUCAUCAAAGCUGCGGAGAAUCUCAGCAACCGAUAUUUCACGACAAUUCCUCACGUCUUCGGCCGCAAUCGCCCCCCUAUUCUGUCCACCGGUCCCCAGAUCAAGAAGGAGGUUGAACUGAUUGAGGCAUUGACGGACAUGGAUGUCGCGAACGAGAUCAUGACCGAGGCCAUGGAGAUGGAUGAUGUCAAUCAACUCGAUCAACAGUUUAAGGGACUGGGAUUGAAAGAGAUGACCCAACUGGACCACAAAUCCGAAGAAUUCACUGAGUUGUCGAAUUACUUGAAGAACUCGUCCGGCGCGACACACCACAUCAACUAUGAGGUCAUCGACAUCUUCCGAAUCGAACGAGACGGCGAAGAAGAGCGAUUCACAUCAUCUGAAUACGCCAAACUCCAAACCCAAAACCGCCGCCUACUAUGGCACGGCAGCCGCUCCACAAACUUCGGUGGUAUCCUCAGCCAAGGCCUGCGAAUCGCACCUCCCGAAGCCCCCGUUAACGGCUACAUGUUCGGAAAGGGAGUCUACCUCGCAGACACAUCGACCAAGUCCGCCAACUACUGCUGCUCAUACAACAGUGCGGGUAUGGGACUUCUCUUGCUCUGCGACGCGGAGCUCGGCCAACCCAUGCAUGAACUUUACCACUCUGACUUCCAAGCGGGCGAAAGGGCAAAGGAAAACGGCAAGAUCGCCACCCUUGGUCAGGGACGUACCAUUCCCGGGGGCUGGAAGGACGCUGGCUCCUUCAACAAGGAACUGGGUGGUGUUCAGAUCCCGGACGUGUCAUGUGCCCGAGCCGACGAUAAUAAGGCCAGUCUUCAGUACAAUGAGUACAUUGUUUACGACGUUGCUCAGAUUCGCCAGAGAUAUCUAUUCUAUGUCAAGAUGUGA